GAAGGUAAUGGUUUGGAGGGUAGUGGUAGGACUUUUACCAUCGCUCGGAGGGAAAAUGGCGCAGCAAGCUAUUCAGCUGGACAAGGAAAAACUUUGCUGUUCAAUUUGUCUGGAUCUGCUCAAAGAUCCAGUGACUAUUCCCUGUGGACACAGCUACUGUAUUAAAUGUAUUAAAAGCUACUGGGAUGAGGAAGUUCGGAAAGAAAUCCACAGCUGUCCUCAGUGCAGACAGACCUUCAGACCGAGGCCUGUCCUGGUAAAAAACACCAUGUUGGCGGAUUUGGUGGAGGAACUGAAGAAGACAGGACUCCAGGCUGCUCCAGCUGAUCACUGCUUUGCUGGACCCGAAGAUGUGUCCUGUGAUUUCUGCACCGGGAGAAAACUGAAAGCUGUCAGGUCCUGUCUGCAGUGUCUGGUCUCUUACUGUGAGCAGCACCUCCAGCCUCACUUUGAAUCUCCAGCCUUUGCAAAACACAAGCUGGUCGACACCUCCAAGAAACUUUGGGAGAACAUCUGUACCCGUCACAAUGAGGUCAUGAAGAUUUUCUGCCGCACUGAUCAACAGUGUAUCUGCUAUCUCUGCUCCGUGGAUGAACAUAAAGGCCACGACACAAUCUCUGCUGCAGCGGAAAUGACUGAGAAGCAGAAGGAGCUUGGGGUGACUCGGCAAAAGGUUCAGCUGAGAAUCCAGCAGAGAGAGAAAGAUGUGUUGGUGCUUCAGCAGGAGGUUGAGACUAUCAAUAGCUCUGCUGAUAAAGCUGUGAGGGACAGUCAGAAAAUCUUCACUGCUGUGAAGCAGCAGAUCAGAUCUCGUCAGAAAACCGAAGUCAGUCAGGCCAAAAAGCUUCAGGAGAAGCUGCAGCAGCAGAUCGCUGAGCUGAGGAGGAAAGACGCUGAGCUGGAGCUACUCUCACACACAGAGGACCACACCCAGUUUCUGCACAAUUACACCUUGCUGUCACGUGUCAGUGAAGCCGCAGACUCCCCCAGAAUCAAUAUUUGUUCCCCGAGAUACACUGAGGAUGUGACAGUGGCUGUGUCAGAGGCCAGAGAUAAACUACAGGACAUUCUUAGUGAGAAGUGGGCCAAGAUCCCACUGACAGUGACUGAAGCAGACGUUUCUCCGCCAUCAGCUGAGCCCAAGACCAGAGUGGAAUUCCUCAAGUAUUCAUGUCAAAUCCAGCUGGAUCCACACACUGCACAUGACUGUAUAUUCAUUGAGCUGGAAAGAAAGGCAAAAUUUGCGCUGUUUGAAUAUGUGGAUUCUGCACACCCAGACAGAUUCACUACCUGGUCUCAGGUUUUGUGUAGAGAAAGUCUGACUGGACGUUGUUACUGGGAGGUGAAGUGGGAGGUACCUGAAGUUUUCGUAGCAGUCGCAUACAAGAAUAUUAGCAGAGAAGGAAGAGAGAGUGCAUUUGGAUACAAUGACAAGUCUUGGGUAUUACAAUGUUUAUGUGAUGGUUAUGAAUUCAGACAUAACAACAUCAGAACUUCCAUCUCAGCUCCUCACUCCUCCAGAGUAGGAGUGUACCUGGAUCACGGGGCAGGUACUCUGUCCUUCUACAGCGUCUCUGAAACCAUGACUCUCCUCCACAGAGUCCAGACCACAUUCACUCAGCCGCUCUGUCCUGGACUUGGUAUGUAUUUCAGUGGAACCUCGGCUGAAAUCUGUACUGCUUUAGACAUUGAUGAUUGAAACCUACAGAGACAAGAAUCUACACACAACAACUUAUUUUUUUUGUCUGUGUUAGCAAAGACAAAAAAAAAAAACUAAACAGCGCAAAGUGAACUAUAAAAUCAAAAAAAGAAAACUUCAAUGUGAAAAAACUUUAAAAAAGUGAAAUAAUAACAAUAAUAACACAACAAAUACAUAAUCUGAAAAAUGUGAGAGGGAUAAUGAUAAAAG